ACUUAACCUACGCGAGUCAAAACUCCGGGUCUAUAUUUUAGCAAAACUUAGUACAACCUUAAUCCGAUGUUGACAUUUUCGCACACCAUAUAUUGAAUAUGGCGCAAGCAGACACGUCCAACGCUGAGCGCAAAAUGUCCGCAUGGGCGGACAAGUAUAGAGGGGCGACAGUGGCGGAUCUUGACCCACCUUCUGCGCUCUCAAUCAAGCCCUCCGACUCCAUAGCCCAUGCCUUGAUGUGUGCUUUCGAACGAGAUUAUACCCAUCUCACCGUCGUAUCUGGCGAGAAUCGUUCGCUACUAGGAUACCUUAGUAUCCCACGGCUAAAGGAGCGUCUUAAAUCUGGUGAAGUCAAGGAGACCGACACCGUUGACAAGGCAAUGCUGAAAUUCAACCGUAAGAAGGGCAACGUGUAUAAAAUAAUCACAAUGGACACCCCUCUCGAAGAGCUUGAAGCAUUCUUCGAUGGUGGGCCGGAUGGGAAGAGCAGUCAGGAUUUUGCGGUGGUGACAGAUUACAGCAGGCGGUUUGUGCUGGGCGUUGCAACAAGGAGUGAUCUCGAAGAAUUUGUGAAGAGGCGACCUGCUUGAGACAGGGAAAGUUCGGUCCGGAACGGAGGCAAGCAAGUUGAGCCUGUACAAGACCAUAAGAUCGCCAUUCGAUUAGAGGACCAAAAUUGCAAUAGAUCAGUGUCCUCAACGAGUUCGGCCACUCGGCUUCAACGACGUGUGGUAUGCACAACCAGACUGGUAACAUCUGCGUUCAAAUGUACCUUACCAAGGGCUUAGGACCUUAUGGCAUUAGUGUCGCCAACCAGAAGCAGAUGGCGAAUAUUUCUCAUCAGAUUCGAGAUGAAUGAAAUGCGGUAGCGAGGAUUGGGGUGUCUUAAUAAGACCGAAGAAGUUGGGACCAUGGGAGCCAUUGACAAUGAAUAUCAUUGUUUCAAUUGGUACCUGAUUUUAUGUAACACAACAGCGGGAAUGCAAAGGAACCGCAAACUGCCUUGUUCAACACAGAACGCAC